AUGAUCAGACUUUCCGACCCGAACAACGAUGAUCUUUUGACUAUUAAAAACAACACAUUGCGGUUUUCGGAUACGGGAAUCACAACCGUCGGUGUUUUAUUCGAAGCACAUCGUUACGAGGAGGAAAUGAUAAUCGAAAUUAAACACAAUCUACCCGACUGCUUCAAAGUUUAUCCACCAGAUGAAUACUCAGUUGUGAACACUAUAAUUGUGACAUACAAUGGUUUACGUUCAUGUCCCGAAAGACGCUAUCAAGACCUCACCAUUACGGCUCAUCUUGGAAAUAGAGAAGAGACCAAAAAUAUGCCUCGGCGUUCAAUCUUUGGAAAUGGAAAAGCUCGCGGCUUUCAAAAGAAGACUAGUGGAUUCAAAUUUAAAUCUGGAAAAAACAUCAUUGUAGUGAGACGCCGUGCUAGCAAAAAUCAUAGAAAAAACUACAACAACGUCUUGAACCAAACCAAAUCGAUGGAGGACUACAGUAAUGCUCAAAUCAACAAGAUUCAAAACGAGUACAAGGAGAUUCGUCGAGCCUGGUGGUUUGUCAAAGAGAAGAACGGCCCUUAUAUUUUCUUAAUUGGAUCUAUUUUUUUCAUUGUUCUGCUCGCAAUCACAAAUAGAGAAAUGUCGUGA